GGACAAACGCAAUCGGGCUGGUGGUAUGCGCGGCGCCAGUGCAGAUGAUCUUGAACAUCGAAAUCAAAGACGUGGGAGCGAUUUUCCUGAGCAGCGAUCUGGUACAUCAGCGAGAAUAGAUUUACAAGGCGAGAAAUCUUCAUCCACGACCUCUGGUGCUGAUGGAAUUUUUAAGUUUGCAGUUUACUGUACUCCUGGUGUGGAGACGAUGCUGGAGGAAGAGCUCGAGGAGCGAGUCUUCCCCUCAAUACCUGGAGAAGUCGUUCAUGUGGGGAGUCGAGGCUUGCUAUUUGUACAGGGAGGUCUCGAACUUCUAUGGCACAUGAGUGUCUGUCUACGGUUGACGACUGAGAUUCGCGUGGCGCUCCCACCGUUUUUGGCGUUUGGGGAAGCUGAGUUAAUGAAAGGAGUGCGCAUGCUCGAGAAUGAGCUUACACAGCUCUUGAAGCCGAUAUUUCUAGACGAAAACGGAUCAGAGGAAAGAAUUGGAACUCAAUUAUCUUCUAGAACAAGCGAGGCCAGGAGCUACGAGGAUGCCGUGGAAGAAAAGCCAGAAAAACUUUCCAAAUCAGAAAGUCGAACGAGAAGUGAG